GCGCGUGUGAGCGUGUCAGUGAUGCUCCAUCUACAAUUACAUUUUCCCCCCCUUUGGAGCUUUAGUUUUUCGUCUUUAGACGUUUACGCUCUCCUUGUGACUUGUGAGCUCCCUCUUUCACCGAAGCGUACUCCGAUUCCUCCAUUGAAGCGGCUUUUGAGCUUUUUUUUUCCUCCAUUGAAGCAGCUCCUAAGAGUUUAGUUUAAUGUUAGGACGGAACUAUGAAAAUGCACCAUUUCUCCCCGGGCCGAGGGCGGCUGCACCUCCUGCCCCGGCUCAGGGACGGGCCACUCCACCAAGGCAAGUGAAGUUGGAGAGAGAAUGUGAAUUGCGAAUUGAGGUGGGCGAGAAUUCGCCUCUUCGCCUUCGGCUGCUAAAUGGAUAUGCUGAGAUAUAUGGUACAGAAAUUCCUCCAGAAAUUUGGCUCAAUUUUCCUCCACGCCUUAAAUUUGCGAUCUUUACAUGGCAUGGAGCCACAAUUGAAAUGGAUGGUGGGUCUGAUACAUCUGAUUAUGUAGCAGAUGAGACACCUAUGAUAAGCUAUGUUAAUGUUCAUGCCAUACUAGAAGCGCGGAGGAAUAGAGCUAAGGCUUCUUCUUCCGAUGAUAUUGAGUCAUCUCAGGGUCCCAGGGUUAUUGUGGUUGGUCCCACUGACUCUGGAAAGAGUACUUUGUCAAGGAUGCUUCUUAGCUGGGGAGCCAAGCAGGGCUGGAAGCCUACUUUUGUGGAUUUGGAUAUAGGCCAGGGAAGUAUAACAGUACCUGGGUCAAUUGCAGCAACUCCAAUUGAGAUGCCCAUUGAUCCAGUGGAAGGAAUUCCUCUUGAAAUGCCUUUGGUUUACUUUUAUGGACACACAAGUCCCAGUGCUAAUGUAGAUUUAUAUAAAUUAGCUGUGAAAGAACUUGCUCAAACACUUGAAAAACAAUUUUCUGGUAAUUCUGAAUCACGAGCUGCUGGUAUGGUGAUCAAUACAAUGGGUUGGAUUGAAGGAGUAGGCUAUGAGCUGCUUCUUCAGGCUAUAGAUAUGUUUAAUGCAGAUGUUGUAUUGGUUUUGGGCCAGGAAAAGCUUUGUAGUAUGCUUAAAGAUGUGCUGAAAACCAAGCCCAAGGUUGAUGUAGUAAAACUACAGAAAUCUGGAGGUGUUGUCUCCCGACCACCAAGAUACCGUCAGAAAUCCAGGGGCUACAGGAUAAGGGAAUAUUUCUAUGGCCUGGCGAAUGAUCUCUCACCUCAUUCCAACAUUGCUAAUUUCAAUGACCUGUCUGUCUAUCGAAUUGGCGGUGGUCCGCAAGCACCACGUUCAGCUCUGCCAAUUGGUGCAGAGCCUGCUGCGGACCCUACUAGGGUGGUUCCUGUAAACAUCAGCCAAGACUUGCUACAUUCUGUGCUUGCUGUUUCAUUUGCCAAGGAUCCGGAAGACAUAAUUACUAGUAAUGUUGCUGGGUUUAUAUAUAUUACUGAUGUUGAUGUCCAAAGGAAAAAAAUAACAUACCUUGCACCUUCAGCAGGAGAGCUGCCGGGAAAAUUUUUGAUAUUGGGGACAUUAGCUUGGUUAGAAACUUGAGUUUAAAAUAUCUCUUACUUUCUAGGUGCGUCCUUCGUAUCAUAAGUAAGGCAGCUCCAACUGUGCCAUCCCCUGUCCCCCAUAAGAGAAGAUUAGGUGGGAAAAGAAAAUGGGAACAUUUUAUACUUGACAGAUAGCAACUAAGCUAGGUUAUGGUUAUAGUUGACUGGUGUUUGUUACCUCCUUGCGAGAGGAUUUGGUGUACCCUGACAUGCUUGAUUAGGCGUUUAGCAAUGUUUGGUAUGCAAGCUUUGACGCCUUGGGGAUGUGUACAGUCCUUGGCUUCACGAAAUAUCAAUUAAACUUUAGCUUAUGUUCCAAUUUCAGUAUAAUUGAGUUCUUAAUUGUCUAAUAUGGUCAAUGACUAGGCAAUAAAGUAUUCUUGCCAUUCCACAUUAAAUGUUGCUUAUACAGAAAUUUGAGGUGUUAAUUAUUGCGUUGUUAUUUGGAUUUCUAAUUGAUAGCAUAAGUUUCAGUGAUGUACAGAAUAUUGUAGACAAUGAAAAUAGUUAUUUAAAUGGUCAGAUGUUAUGGAACAGAGGUUACAGAGGGAGUA